AUGGCGUCCUCCGGCCAAUCCUCAGAGAUCGCCCAUCUCGUUGCUCUUAUAAAGACUCUCACUAAUCCACAGCUGAAAGAUCUUUUACGAAACGAAGGUCUUGCUGUUUCCGGAGUUAAAAUAUCCCUACAGCUUCGCAUCAUUGACUAUCUUGAACGCCUAGCCAUUUCGGAGGGAAAUGGCGCCCGCUACGAUGCCCUCAGGCGGCUUAUCUUCCACACAGCUGUCCCGGGUACUUCAACUUUCCAGGCAAACACUGGCUUUCCGCUCCAGAGCUCUACUGUUUCUCAUCCUGCACCCCCACAAGCUCGAUCUACACCUCUAGGGGCCUCGAUGUCGCCCCAUUCACAUACCGGUCAUCUCACUUUCAAGGAAAGUCCUUUCUUUACGAUCGUAACGCACCUCACCCCGAUUGUAGAGUGUAAAGUCCGCGAGCAAACAAGGGAUAGCGUUGAACUCAAGGUCAAUUUCUCUGCGUCUACGGCUGCGGAUUUGCAAACAGACCCGAAUCUUCGGGUGAUGGUGUAUUGUGCAGCAGACUCUGGCCUCAAACAAUAUACCAAGUCCGACAUUGCAUUUCCACACCAAGUGGAGUUAAAGGCAAAUCUUGAUGAAGUCAAGGCCAAUCUUCGGGGCUUGAAGAAUAAACCAGGUACUACACAGCCCGCUGAUGUAACGAACUACAUGCGCAAGAAGCCCGGUUACACCAACAACAUCGUCAUGACUUAUGCGUUGACUCAAAAGAAAUUUUUCGCGCUCGCCAAUCUUGUCAGACAGCACCCAGUGGAUGAUCUGGUCGCAGAGUUGAAAUCCCGCAAACUCAUAUCCAAGGAGCAGGUGCUUCGAGAAAUGAAAAAUCGUGCCGAGGACUCUGACAUUGUUGCUACGUCGAGUAUCAUGUCUCUCAAAUGCCCUUUAUCGACUUUACGGAUCCAGGUUCCCUGUCGCUCAGUAGUCUGUACCCAUAAUCAGUGCUUUGAUGCAUCAUCUUUUCUUGAGUUGCAAAAGCAGGCCCCAACCUGGACCUGCCCAGUAUGCUCCAAGUCAACCAGUUUUGAGUCACUGCAAAUUGAUCAAUACGUUGAUGACAUUCUACGUGAAACUUUGUCAGACGUGGAGCAGGUCGUCAUUGAACCUGAUGGGGCAUGGUCAAGUCCCAAUGAUGCGGAUGGAGUCAAACUGGGCGGAGUGACCCCUGCAACAGAUGAUGACGACUUGAUCGAAAUUAUCGAGCCUGGCAUUAAUCCUGUGAAGCAGGAGCCUAUAACUUCGAGCGUUAUGCUUGAACGAACCCCGGCCCAAUCCCACUCUCAAUCCCGGGAGGCAUCAACACCGUCUUCUGCGGUUCGAACGUCUAAAAAACGAUCUGCUGCCCAAGUCAUUGACCUCACGGCUAGUGAUGAAGAAGAAGAUGAAUCACCGGUGCCCCCGCCGAAGCGGCCAGCCCUAAGCUUUAGUGUUCGAGGGGAUCCUCACCAGCCGGCCACUAGCAGUCCUCUUCAUAGCAGGACCUACCCACCGCCAUACCAGUCGGGCUGA